UGUGACAACGUCGACGGUAACCAUGGGAUGUACCGUGCUUCUGUUGUCUGUUCUCCUGGCCUCUUGUUUCUCUGCACCUGCACCCCCCAAGGUGCAGAAGGACUCGUUGCUUAAGGAACGAACGUUGUUGAAAGUGUGUCCAGCCGACGUGGUGCAGCUGGAAAAGUACAACAAGCUUCAGGAGAGCGAAGCCAUGUGCCGCGGGGACGUCACACUCAUCAAGGAGGGCUUACACAAGUGCAAGGAUAAAUUAACGGCAAGCUUGGAAAAAACAGCUGAGUAUUCUCUUCAAUUAAAAACGCUGACACCUCAAGAAGAGAAGCUGGAGCAUUGCUUCGUGCCGGAAAUGGACUGCUUCACCGGGUACGGGCAUUAUUACCGCGGGACGGCGCGCGUUACCGAGAACGGAAAUCCGUGUCAGUCGUGGGAGGCGCAGUCACCACACAGGCACACCAGGACCCCCCAGAACUACCCGCAUGACGACCUCGCCGGGAAUAACUACUGUCGGAACCCGGACUGGGGAAACCGGCCCUGGUGUUAUGUGGACGGACCGACCCCACGGUGGGAGUACUGUGCCGUGCCGAGGUGCCCAGGGACUACUGCAGGAUAGGAGGC